UUCUCGCGCCCCUUGAACGUUUUCCGAACGUUUUUGAACAGUGACAGUGUUGUAAUUUGUGAUUAAUCUUAAGUGCGACACGGGAUAGAGUGCGGUACUGUGUGAUGUGAAAAUUUGGUGCCGUGUCUAGGUUUCUGGAGGGGUUGCAUUUCAUGCUGCGGAAAAAUGGUAUGCUGCUGCGUAAAGUUGUGAUUUUGGUGGCGAAUUCAAUUGUGUAAAGAUGAGAUGGCGAGUGGCGAGCGGUAUGGGCGUACCGCUAGCUGCUGCUGUCUUCUUCAUGCUGCCACUCUUCACAUCAUCCACCGGAGACAUACGACAUCACGGCACAUCGCGCGCUCGGGGGUGGCGAGCGGGAGUGCAGCCGUCGGCUGACGUCACAGCCAACAACUCAGUCAGCAAUAUCACUGCCCAGCUCGGGGGCACUGCCUAUCUUCACUGCUUGGUCGGCCAUUUGAGUGAACGAGGGCAAGUCUCGUGGAUCAGGAAACGUGACUGGCAUAUAUUGAGCUCAGGGAAAUUCACCUACACCAAUGAUGAACGGUUUCAGGUUCUGCACGGUGAGGGAUCCGAAGACUGGACGUUGCAGAUCAAAUUUGUCCAGAAAAGGGACAACGGGACUUACGAAUGCCAGGUGUCGACACGAACUGGCAUCAUUUCCCACUACGUGAGGCUGCAAAUUGUCGUGCCGGAGGCUUUCAUCCUGGGUUCUGGGGAGCACCAUGUCGACAUGGGCAGCGUCAUACACCUCAUAUGCAUCGUGGAGAAGAGCCCAACUCCGCCGCAAUACGUGUUCUGGUACCACAACGACCGCAUGAUCAACUAUGACGCAACGCGCGGCGGGAUCACAGUGGAAACGGAGCCGGGUGCGCGCACGCAGUCCCGGCUGACGGUGCGCGGCGCCACGCUCAAGGACUCGGGCAACUACACCUGCAGUGCUAGCAACACUGAGCCCGCUUCUAUACACGUCUUCGUCUCGGAAGGCAGUAACAAGAUGGCGGCUAUCCUACGCCGCAACACGAGCGCGAUCCACGGCAUCACGUCGAGUGUCACUUGUCUUCUACUCCUCGCUUCUGUCAUGGUGCACUUUGGUCUGCGAUGACGGUAGAGCCGCUCAGGUGUAGAUAAGUGUCUAGUGUAGCCUGGUUUGUACAGGAGAUUUGGGGAUAUGCGUGGAUACUUGUCAUUUAUAUUAAUGGUACUUAUAGACAGCUAAAAACCAUUUAAAAUAAUAGUGUUAGCGAUGUUGCAAACGCUUAUGACAACCAUAAGGUGAAGGUCAUAAAACAUAUAAAAAUAUAUGAAAUUGACAUGUCACCUUAAGUCAACCCUGGAAAUUGACAUGAUCGUUUGCAACUUGGCUAUGGCCCCUGCACAGAACGAUACCUUCGAUAGUAACAGCAUCAAUGCAAUUGAAAACUCUAUUCUUGUUAUUAACAACCCUAUCGAUAUUUUACGUGAGUUUCAAGGUCAAAUCGAUGGUCGUUCGCUCUUAGAUACAUCUACGGCACGACGGGUGCAGGU